AUGUCUCCAACUACCUCGAAAGCUUCCAGCGAGGAGAGACGGUCUCAGUCCUGGGCGAAUGAAAGCGAAAUUCAGAGAUCUCAAUCCCGGCGUUCACAACGAGAAGGAGCUGUGAAUACUCUUGACCACGUACGAAGUCAUGUUUCGCAUCAUGACAUGCCUGUGAAUGAUGACUUCCAGGAGGUCGAUGCGGAGCAAUAUCUACGUUUUUCACCAGCCCGCAAGGUCAUCAUUGUUGGUGUCCUAUCAUUCUGCUCUUUCCUGGCACCUAUCUCCUCUACCUCUAUAUUAGCUGGUAUACCUGAAGUGGCAAAGACCUAUAACACUACCGGAAGUGUGAUAAACGCGAGCAAUGCGCUAUAUAUGGCAUUCAUGGGUAUUGCGGCUCCCUUCUGGGGACCCUUUAGUCAGGUCUGGGGGCGACGUCCGGUCUUUCUCGUGAGCGCAUUCUUGUUCUUUGCGUUUAGCAUCGGGACUGCUCUGGCACCCAACCUCCCAGCAUAUUAUAUUUUCCGUGUCUUAACUGCAUUUCAAGGAACAUCUUUCUUGGUUGUUGGGAGCUCGGCGUUGGGUGAUGUAUACGAGCCCCGAGCACGGGCAACAGCGUUGGGAUGGUUUUUGUCAGGAACCCUAAUUGGGCCAGCCUUUGGGCCAUUCCUUGGCGGUGUGAUUGUCACCUUCCGCUCAUGGCGAGUGAUCUUCUGGCUCCAGGCAGCUCUUGGAGGCUGCGGCACGCUUCUCGUCUUCUUCUUUUUCCCUGAGACCUACCCGCAUCUGACCAAAGGCGACAUGGCCGACAAGACGACGUGGCAAAAAGCCAAAUACCUUUGGCACCGGAUCUCUCCCCUCCAAGUUGCUAUCAUGCUAUUUAAAUACCCCAACCUCUUCUGCACGGGUCUCGCUGCCGGUGCUCUCGUCUGGAACCAGUACUCUCUCCUAACUCCGAUUCGAUACGUACUCAACCCACGCUUCCACCUCACCAGCCCUAUCCAAACGGGCUUAUUCUACAUCGCGCCAGGCUGUGGGUAUCUUGUUGGCACACUCAUGGGUGGAAGGUGGGCAGACUAUACUGUGAAGAAAUGGAUCCGCAAACGCGGUGGUGUUCGAGUCCCUGAAGACAGACUGAAGUCUUGUCUGAUAUUUUUGGGUGGUGUCAUCCCCGGCUGUAUCUUGGUCUACGGCUGGACGGUCGAGAAGGCUGUUGGUGGAAUCCCAGUCCCCGUUCUUGCGAUGUUCUUCCAGGGAGUGGCGCAGCUGUUCUGCUUCCCUAGUCUCAACACCUACAGCCUGGAUGUUAUGCAGUCGAGUGGCCGGAGUGCCGAGGUCGUUGCCGGUAGCUAUCUGUUACGGUACGUAUUCGGUGCUCUAGGGUCGGGACUUGUUCUUCCGGCGGUAGAGAGUAUGGGAGUGGGGUGGUUUAGUACCAUCAGCGCCUUAUUUUUGGUUGCGUCUGGGGUCGGUGUAUGGCUUACGACUAUCUUCGGCGAUCAAUGGCGGGAUAAGGUCGAAAAGAAGGACCAGCGUAAGGCUGAGGAGAGCACCGAGGAGAUACAGCAGAAUACGACAAAGGCUGAGACUUGA